CUCGACAAGAACAAGAAGGACGAGCCGGCCGCCGCCGUCGUGGGCUUCGUGUUCAACUUUGAUAAACUCACGGGCGAUCAGCUCGAGAAGCUGCCUUGGAGGCAGGGGUACGAGCGCGCGAUGCGCGCGGCGCUGGCGAUCGCGACCGGGGUCUCGCCGGAUGACGUGGCGAUAACGCCGCACCAGAGGGACGACUGGCGCGCCAACGAGAUGGGAUUCCAGAUUGGCAUCGUGCGAUACCCCGCGGGAUACGUCGCGUCGGACGACCCGAAGGUUUUGGCGCCGGACACGCUGUUGGAGCGGUUGAGAGAGGCCAGGAGGGACGAGACGGACGCCGGGUUCCUAUGCGACGGCGCCGACGGCUUCGACGCGUACGGUUCCAUGAACAUCCUCGCCGAGGGUCGAGCCGAGGAAUCGAAGGAUGCGCCGGGGACGUACGAAGUUAAAAUCGACGACUUUGGCACGGAUCCGGAGUUUAUGCCCCUGGGUCAGAGAUACAGGGAGUGCGAGCGGGCGCAAAAGAGGAAGUACUCGAGGCUCAAGACGAAGGCGUUCAGGUCGCUGCACCAGCACGUGGAGGGCGAGUUUGAGCCGUUCGUCAAGGAGGACCGAAAGCUCAUCCCGCAGUCACUGCUCGACCGGAUUCGCGAUAUCAAUCACCUGGACGUCCGGCUGCAUGCGUUCGCCACGGAGCUAUUCGAAGAGCGCAUGAAGGAGAGCGUGAACGAGCUGGAACGCGAGAAGCUUCCUGCGAGGUUGCCCAUCUAGCGGGGGUCCGACGUAGCCCCAGAAUCCAACAACAAUGAAUGAAUCACAAAACAACGGCGACGUUU